CACAACACAACACAUUAGUCAAGUGAGUGAAAGCUGUUGCAAUGAAUAGAGAAAGUGCGGUAUAAUUUGUCCACGUAGACUAAAACACGCGAUAAACUUUCACUUGAAUCACCAAGGUAGCAAAGGAAAGACUUACUGAAACCAAAAUGUUGGUUAAAGCUGUCAUUUUAAUUGGGGGUAAUCAGAAAGGUACAAGAUUCCGACCUUUAUCAUUGGACCUUCCGAAACCAUUAUUUGCUGUAGCUGGGUUUCCUAUAAUUCAACAUCACAUAGAAGCAUGCGUGCAAAUUCCAUUUUUGAAGGAAAUUAUUAUUCUUGGAUAUUAUGGAGCCAAUGAAAUGUCCCAGUUUGUGGGAGAAAUGGUGCAGCUGUAUAAGCUAAAAAUUAGGUAUCUUCAAGAAUUUGAACCUCUUGGCACUGCUGGUGGUCUUUAUCAUUUCCGAGAUCAAAUUCGCUGUGGAAACCCAGAUUAUUUUUUUGUGCUGAAUGGAGAUGUAUGUGCUGAUUUUCCAUUAAUUGAAAUGCUAGAGUUCCACAAGACUCACAGAGAAAAACAGAAAGCAAUAGUUACUUUAAUGGCAACUGAAGCUACUCGUCAGCAAAGCCUUAUUUAUGGGUGCAUUAUUGAAAAUAAAGAGAAUAACACAUUGGAGCAUUAUGUAGAAAAACCAUCCACUUUUAUCUCCACUCUGGUAAACUGUGGUGUUUACAUUUUUUCACCGGAGGUGUUCCAACAAAUGGCGAAUGUGUUCAAUAAGAAACAAAUGGAUUUUUAUAACGUGGAAAAUGGAAGCAGUGUUGAAAGAGAAGCGCUGUAUUUGGAGAAAGAAAUUUUGAUGCCUUUAGCAGGAACCGGAAAAGCGCUAAUUUACCAAACUUUAAAGUGGUGGUCUCAGUUAAAGACCCCUGGCGCUGCAAUUUAUGCAAAUCGACAUUAUCUCAAUCUAUUUCGGGAAAGGAGACCUGAAAGAUUAGCUAAAAGCGAUCAGCCAACAAUCAUAGGGGAUGUUUAUAUCCAUCCUACUGCUGAUGUUCAUCCGACCGCAGUGUUAGGUCCUAAUGUUAGUAUAGGUGCACACGCAACGAUCAGUUAUGGAACUCGAAUUAAGGAAUCGAUUGUUCUCGCUCACUCGCGUGUCUUAGAUCAUUCUCUUGUUCUUUACAGUAUUAUUGGAGCGAAUAGUGAAAUUGGUUGUUGGUCGCGCGUUGAAGGAACUCCUUGUGAUCCUAACCCUGAUAAACCGUUUGCUAAAAUGGAAAAUGCCCCUCUUUUUAACGACGAAGGAAGGUUGAAUCCUUCCAUAACCAUUCUGGGAAACAAUGUCACUAUCCCUUCUGAAGUGAUUGUCCGAAAUUCUAUUGUGUUGCCUCAUAAAGAAUUGACUCGGAGCUACAACAAUGAAAUCAUUUUAUAAUCAAAAUGUAUCCAUUAAUUACAGAUUUUUUCAUUGAGCAAAACACUUUUUUUCUACUCAAUGAAUUGGUGAUUUUGUUGCCUUUUCAACGGUUUUUCCUAUGAAAUAUUUCCCCCUUAUACACGUAAGUAUAAUCCUAA